AUGUGGAUGCUAGGAGAUCACCCUUCAGCGGCUGAAGGAAUAGUCAAACACACACUUUGCACCAGAUCCUCAUCCAGCUACUGCUGCACCACUCCCAGUGAGAACUCCGGAUUUGAAGGGGACAUCAUUUACGUGAAGAAAUGUUCUGGUGGAUAUUAUGUGUACAGGAUACCCAAUUUAAAACACUGGGGUUACAGAGCGGUGUGCUCAGUGAGGGACAGCAGUGACCCGUGCCUGGACAGUAAUUGUAAAUACGGCUGUGUUAACAAUAAUGGGAAGUUUGAGUGCACCUGUCCACCUGAUAUGGUCAAGUCUGGGGACAAGUGUGUGUUACCAUGCCAAGUCAACAACCCUGGCUGCAGUCAUAAAUGCGUCAACCAAGCUGAUGGUACAACUACCUGUCGCUGUCCAUUUUACCUGACUCUGGGCACAGACAAUAAGACGUGCAGUGAGUAG